AUGAAAUUUUUCUUAUUGUUUUGCUUUAUAUUUAGAUAUUGGCUAUGUCGUCAUUUAAAUAGAUUAUGGUCAAAUAUAUUUGUUAAUACUAGAAUUGAUCGUAGUAACUCAUAUCCAGUUGAAUUGUCUGGAUCAUUUCAUUCACCAUUAUCAUCAUAUACUAGUGGAUAUAUGUGUUUAGAUUCAAUAGGUGAAUUAUUAAGACGUAUUGUAGCUGCUAUUUGGGAUGCACAUGGACGUAUAUUUCAUGGUUAUGAAGUGAUUGGUAUGGAGAAGUUGCCAAUCAAUGGGCCAGCAUUUUUAAUAUACUAUCAUGGAACUUGCCCAUUUGAUGCUUACUAUUUUAUGUCUAGACAUUGUAUUGAACGUGAUAGAUUUCCUGUUCCUGUUGUAGAUAGAUUUUUAUUUCGUUUACCUGGAUUUGGACGUUUACUUGAAACUGUCGGUGCUAUUAAAGGUUCUGUGGAAGAAUGUGUUGCUCAUCUUCAACCGGGUCAUACUCUAAAGAAUGGUAAAAUAUCACAAGGUGAUGUAUUAUUACUGGCACCAGGUGGUGUUCGUGAAGCAUUAUUCUCUGAUGAAUUUUAUACUGUGAUAUGGGAGAAACGACGUGGUUUUGCACGAGUCUCAUUAUUAUCUGGACAACCUAUUUAUCCAAUGUUCACGGAGAAUAUUCGUGAAACAAUAAGAGUUGUACAGUUUGGUAAAGGUUGGUGGCGUAGUCUGUAUGAACGUACACGCUUACCUUUGUCAAUUUUUUAUGGUUACUUUCCUGUAAAGCUUAGGACGUAUAUUGGUGAUCCUAUUUAUCCACUGGUAAAUGAAACAUCUGACGAACUGGCUAAUCGGGUUCGUUUGGCAAUUGAAGAUCUUAUCAAACAGCAUCAAUUGGUACCAGCAAAUCUAUUUUGUGCUAUAAUGCAACGUUUUCCAAGUUUUGAUCGUUGGAUAACAAAGUAUAAGCAUAAACUGAGAGUUGCGCAUUUUCAGCUUAAGACCUAA